UGAAGCGGGGCCCGUCCUCCUCCUCCUCCUCCUCCUCCUCCUCUGCCGCCAAGGGCAGGGCUGCCCGGUUGGGCUGAGCGAUGGCAGCCGCUCCCCCGCCGCCCUCCCUCUCCUGGGUCAGCCUGUCCGCUGCGGCUGCUGAGUAAUCCGGCGGCGCGGUCAAUGGGCGAGGAGACGGAGCCCCCCCCGAACAUCAACCAGAGCUUUCUUCGGGAUCACAACUAUGUGACUGAAGCUGAUAUUAUUUCAACUAUUGAAUUCAACCAGACGGGGGAAUUAUUAGCCACAGGGGACAAAGGAGGCCGUGUUGUGAUAUUCCAGAGGGAGCCCGAGAGCAAAAAUGCGCCUUACUGUCAAGGCGAGUACAAUGUUUACAGCACCUUCCAGAGCCACGAACCUGAAUUUGACUAUCUGAAGAGCUUGGAAAUAGAGGAAAAAAUAAACAAGAUAAAAUGGUUGCCACAGCAGAAUGCAGCCCACGCUUUACUGUCAACAAACGAUAAAACGAUUAAAUUGUGGAAGAUUACCGAGCGAGACAAGAAACCGGAGGGAUAUAAUUUAAAAGAUGAGGAAGGAAAACUCAAGGAAUUAUCUAUGGUGACCUCACUUCAGGUGCCUGUGCUGAAGCCGACCGACUUGAUGGUUGAGGUCAGUCCCAGAAAAAUAUUUGCAAAUGGCCACACCUACCACGUGAAUUCCAUUUCGGUCAACAGCGAUUGUGAGACGUACAUGUCUGCAGACGAUCUCAGGAUUAACCUUUGGCACUUAGCCAUUACCGACCGGAGCUUCAACAUUGUGGACAUCAAACCCGACAACAUGGAGGACUUGACCGAAGUCAUCACGGCCUCGGAGUUCCAUCCCCACCACUGCAACCUCUUUGUCUACAGCAGCAGCAAAGGGCCCUCCCUCCGACUGUGCGACAUGAGGGCCUCGGCGCUCUGCGACAAGCAUUUCAAGAUUUAUGAAGAACCAGAAGAUCCCAACAGCCGUUCCUUUUUCUCCGAAAUUAUUUCUUCGGUGUCCGAUGUGAAAUUCAGCCACAGUGGGCGCUACCUGCUAGCGAGGGAUUACCUCACUGUCAAAGUUUGGGAUCUGAAUAUGGAAACAAAGCCUAUAGAAAUAUAUCAGGUUCAUGAUUACCUUAGAAGCAAGUUGUGUUCACUCUAUGAAAACGACUGCAUUUUUGACAAAUUUGAAUGUGCAUGGAAUGGGUCCGACAGCGUCAUCAUGACCGGGGCCUACAACAACUUUUUCCGAAUGUUCGACCGAAACACGAAGCGCGACGUGACUUUGGAGGCCUCCCGCGAGAACAGCAAGCCACGGGCGAUCCUGAAGCCUCGCCGUGUGUGCGCCGGGGGCAAGAGGCGGAAAGACGAUAUCAGCGCCGACAGCCUGGACUUCACCCAAAAAAUUUUGCACACCGCCUGGCACCCCACGGAAAACAUCAUUGCUAUUGCGGCCACAAACAAUCUGUAUAUCUUUCAAGACAAAAUGAACACGGAAGUGCAUUAGGUCCCACUGGAGAGAGAGAGAGAGACAUGUCUUUGGACUGAUACCGCUACUUGCUUGAUGAAAGAAAAACCUUUAUUGGGAAGUAAACACCCUGCAAAUCGAACGGAGCUUACUCCCCAAUAAAUGUCUGCAGCAAUAAGAUGUAUGUGGAUUAAUUAUUCCAUGACCCACCACUGUCCUUUGGCGACCACUCUAUAUUUUAAUUCAUUGCAACCGCCAUACAGUCAUCUCAAAAAUAAAUUCUCCUUAUGACCAGGUG